CUGGGUCAAAUGAAUUUAAAUUGAAUCAGCCACCAGAGGAUGGAAUCUCGUCAGUGAAAUUCAGUCCUAACACAUCUCAGUUUCUGCUUGUUUCAUCAUGGGAUACUACAGUUCGAUUGUAUGAUGUUCCAGCCAACACCAUGAGACUCAAGUACCAGCACACAGGAGCUGUACUUGACUGUGCUUUUUAUGACCCUACACAUGCAUGGAGCGGAGGAUUAGAUCGACAGUUAAAAAUGCAUGACUUGAACACUGAUCAAGAAAAUCUUGUCGGCACCCAUGAUGCUCCUAUCAGAUGUGUGGAAUAUUGUCCAGAGGUGAAUGUAAUGGUAACAGGAAGUUGGGAUCAGACUGUUAAAUUAUGGGAUCCCAGAUCACCCUGUAAUGCAGGAACAUUUUCUCAACCUGAAAAGGUGUAUACGUUAUCUGUAUCUGGUGAUAGACUGAUUGUAGGGACAGCUGGUCGGAGAGUUCUGGUGUGGGACUUGCGGAACAUGGGCUAUGUUCAACAGAGAAGAGAAUCAAGUCUGAAAUAUCAGACCCGUUGUAUCAGAGCAUUUCCUAACAAACAGGGUUAUGUGUUAAGCUCCAUAGAAGGUCGUGUUGCAGUUGAGUACUUGGAUCCAAGUUUGGAGGUACAGAAGAAGAAAUAUGCUUUCAAAUGUCACAGACUGAAGGAGAAUAACAUUGAGCAGAUUUAUCCAGUAAAUGCCAUCUCGUUUCACAAUGUCCACAAUACAUUUGCUACAGGUGGUUCUGAUGGCUUCGUAAAUAUUUGGGAUCCAUUCAAUAAAAAAAGACUUUGCCAGUUCCACCGUUAUCCUACCAGCAUAGCAUCACUUGCCUUCAGUAAUGAUGGAACUACUCUUGCAAUAGCAUCAUCGUAUAUGUAUGAAAUGGAUGACAUUGAACAUCCUGAAGAUGGUAUCUACAUUCGCCAAGUAACAGAUGCCGAAACAAAGCCCAAGUCUACUUGACUUCUGACCAAGAAAACUUCCAUUACUUCUCUCCAUCUACUUUUGGCAAGACUAGCUUGAAGUAAAUCCUUUGAUCAAGUAAAGAUCUGUUUCCAAUAAUGCUUUCACUAAAAAUAGUGUUUGUGUAAUCAUUUAGUAUCA